AUGAAUGCUGAAACAAUAAGAUUAAUUAACGAAGGAGAAGAGUACAACUUUUCACGUUAUUAUGUUUUCAUUCUGACAGCGUUUUUUAACCUUUUCUUUCUAUACUUAGAAAAAGUCAAAAGUGAAAAAAUAUUAUAUUUAUUUAUUCCUUCGAGAGUUAGAAAACUAAUUUCUGAAGGUAUUCAAAAUGAAAGCAGAGGCAUAAAGAAAUGGAAUUUAAGGAUUCGUGGUAUUUCUCUAAUUCAUGCUUUGACUUCAACAAUACUUUCCUUAAUAAUAUUACUUAAUCGGGAAAUUAGGCAAGAUCCCUAUAGUGGAAAACCUAGUUUUUGGCUAAUUACUGGCUCUUUUUCUAUGGGAUAUUUUUUGUGGGAUCUAUCGAUAAUUAUUAGAGAAUGGAAUCAGAAUAAAGACUCAACUGUAUGGUUUUUCCAUGGAUCUGUAUCCUUAGUUUCUCUAUUAACUUCUUAUUUUAUACCAGAGCAACCUUUAAUUAAAGUACUUUCGCUUGGAAUUAUUACGGAAUUUUCAACAGUAAUCCUAAGUAUUAGAUAUUGCUAUCAUAUUAUUGGUGAUACAACUUCUUUCUCUUGUAAAUUAGUCAGUUACUUAUUCCUUAUUGCUUUCUUUUUUACAAGAAAUGUUAUGCUUCCUUAUGGCUUUCAUAUUCUGAUGUUUAAUGCUUUUAGGUUCGCUCCGACUUUCAGAUCAAAACUAAGAGUUUACAUCUUCUUCCCUAUUGGAGAGUUAUUCAAUAUUAUGAAUAUUUACUGGUUAUUUAAAGUAGUAAGAAAUGUCUUUAAUCCAAAGGAUGUUCCUGACAACUCUGGUAGAAAAGAAUGCAAUAAACCAAAACUUGAUGAUAUAGACGAACUCCAUAUUCCCGAGUCACAUGAUAAUGUUCUCCUAGGUUCUAGACAAAACAGUUCUGAAGUAACUAACAAAAUUGAGCCUACAAAAAAGAAACGAGACUAG